AGAUUUGCUGCCACAGGGCAUUCCGAAUUUUGACAUCUCCUGUUCAAACAAAUCAAACUUCAAGGAAUUUAGAUAGACUUCAUCUGAAUCUUAAUUGAGUUAUUGAGAUACUGGUGUAUUUUUGUUUUGCUGUCUUGAUAAAUGGACGGUGGUGGUCUUUAUGAAGCAAGUAGUAGCUUGAGAGCAAACAGUUCCUCCUUCUGGAGGAAUGGCGGUUUGGAAGCUUUCUCACAUUCAGCACGGGAAGAAGACGAUGAAGCAGCACUAAAAUGGGCUGCACUGGAAAAGCUUCCUACUUAUGAUCGUCUGACGAGAGGUCUUUUAGUAGGAUCAAGGGGUGCAACCAGUGAAGUUGAUGUAAGAAAUCUUGGAUUUCAAGAACGAAGACUUUUGCUUGACAGGCUAAUAAAGGCUGCUGAUGAAGACAACGAGAAGUUCUUGCUGAAGCUGAGGAACCGGAUUGACAGAGUUGGAAUUAAUUUGCCAAUGGUAGAAGUCAGAUUUGAGCAUCUGACUGUUGGUGCAGAAGCCUAUAUAGGGAGCCGAUCUUUGCCUACUUUCUUUAAUUUUACUAUUAACAUAUUGGAGGGGUUUCUGAACUAUGUGCAUAUACUUCCAAGCAAGAAGAAACAUAUUUCCAUUCUGCAAGAUGUCAGUGGAAUCAUCAGGCCUUGCAGAUUGACUUUGCUUCUAGGCCCUCCAAGUUCAGGAAAGACUACACUGUUGUUAGCUUUGGCGGGAAAGUUAGAUGCUUCUUUGAAGGUUUCUGGAAGUGUGACUUAUAAUGGGCACAAAAUGAAUGAAUUUGUACCACAAAGAACUGCUGCAUACAUCAGCCAAGAUGAUGUUCAUAUAGGAGAAUUGACUGUCAGAGAAACUCUGGAAUUCUCUGCAAGAUGCCAGGGGAUUGGAUCUCGCUACGAGAUGCUCUCAGAAUUGUCAAGAAGAGAAAAGAAUGCCAAUAUUAAGCCUGAUAUGGAUAUUGAUAUCUUCAUGAAGGCGGUUUCUACUGAAGGACAAGAAGCAAGAAUAAUUACAGACUAUAUUCUUAAGGUUUUAGGCCUGGAAGUUUGCGCAGAUACUUUGGUUGGAGAUCAACUAGUAAGGGGAAUAUCGGGGGGGCAGAAGAAACGUGUUACGACAGGUGAAAUGCUGGUUGGACCUACAAAUGCUCUUUUCAUGGACGAGAUAUCAACGGGGUUGGAUAGUUCUACGACUUUCCAAAUUGUGAACUCACUAAGACAAUAUGUCCACAUUCUCGAUGGAACUGCUCUUAUAUCACUUCUACAGCCAGCACCCGAGACUUAUGAUCUAUUUGAUGAUAUCAUACUUUUGUCUGAUGGCAAAGUCGUCUAUCAAGGCCCUCGUGAUAAUGUACUUGAAUUUUUCGAAUCUGUGGGUUUUAAGUGUCCCGAGAGGAAAGGCGUGGCUGAUUUCUUGCAAGAAGUGACGUCGAAGAAAGAUCAGCAGCAAUACUGGAUGCGUGUCGAUGAGCCUUACAGAUUUGUAACAGUGAGUGAAUUUGCCGAGGCGUUUCAAUCUUUCCAUGUCGGUCAGAGACUUAAAGAUGAUCUUGCAUCUCCGUUCGACAAGAGCAAAAGCCACCCUGCUGCCUUAACAACCAGAAAAUAUGGUGCUGGGAUGGAAGAACUAUUAAAAGCAUGCUGCUCAAGAGAACUCUUGCUGAUGAAGAGAAACUCAUUUUUCUAUAUCUUCAAGGUUUCUCAGAUUACCACAAUGGCAUUUAUUGCUAUGACCAUCUUCCUCCGGACUAACAUGCACCGGCAUAGCGUAGAAGAUGGAUAUAUGUAUGUUGGUGCUCUGUUUUUUACUGCAACAUUGAUAAUGUUCAAUGGCAUGGCCGAGAAUUCCAUGUUGAUUUACAAGCUUCCUGUGUUCUACAAACAAAGACGUGCUCUCUUUUUCCCGCCAUGGGUUUAUGCUCUUCCCAUGUGGAUACUGAAGAUACCUAUUUCAUUUGUCGAAGUAGGCGUUUGGGUUUUUAUCACUUACUAUGUCAUAGGAUUCGAUCCAAAUAUCGGAAGGUUGUUCAAACAAUACUUGCUACUCUUACUUCUGAACCAGAUGGCUAGUGGAUUAUUCCGGCUGAUCGGAGCAGUCGGUAGACACAUGAUUGUUUCAAACACAUUUGGUGCGUUUGUAUUGUUCAUACUAUUUGCAUUGGGUGGUGUGGUCUUGUCACGAGUGAAUGUGAAAAAAUGGUGGAUAUGGGGUUAUUGGUCGUCACCAUUAAUGUAUGCACAGAAUGCAAUUAUAGUGAACGAGUUCACGGGGAACAGUUGGAAAAAAGUCAUUCCAAACACGACCGAAUCAUUAGGAGUUGCAGUUAUGAAGGCACGAGGAUUUUUACCAGAAGCACAAAUGUACUGGAUAGGCGUAGGGGCAUUAUUUGGAUUCACAAUCCUAUUCAACAUAGGUUUCAUAGUAGCUCUCACGUAUCUGAACCCUCUUGGAAGGGUUCGAGCUGUUAUACCAAAAGAAAGUGAUGACAAGCAGAAUGAUAAAGAGAUGGGGGAAAUUAGUCACGUCAAUGCCAACAGAGAGGCUGAUCAGAUGAGGAAAAGGGGAAUGAUUCUUCCAUUUGAACCAUAUUCCAUCAGCUUUAAUGAAAUUGUAUACUCUAUUGACAUGCCACAGGAAAUGAAAGACAGAGGUUUUCUUGAGAAUAAACUGGUGCUUCUAAAGGGUGUGAGUGGAACUUUCAGGCCGGGUGUCCUGACCGCUUUGAUGGGAGUUAGUGGGGCUGGUAAAACGACUCUUAUGGAUGUGCUGGCUGGUCGGAAAACAGGAGGAUAUAUAGAUGGGACUAUUACAAUUUCAGGGUACCCCAAAAAGCAAGAAACAUUUUCUCGAAUUUCAGGAUAUUGUGAGCAGAACGACAUCCAUUCCCCUCAUGUUACUGUGCAUGAAUCCUUGCUUUAUUCAGCCUGGCUGCGGCUGGCCCCAGAGGUCGAUGUUGAAACGAGAAAGAUGUUCAUUGAGGAAGUUAUGGAGCUUGUUGAACUCACACCAUUAAGAGGUGCACUAGUCGGGCUGCCAGGGGUUACCGGUCUGUCGACUGAGCAGAGAAAGAGGCUAACUAUCGCAGUCGAACUCGUUGCAAACCCCUCUAUAAUAUUCAUGGAUGAGCCCACCUCAGGGCUUGAUGCAAGAGCUGCUGCAAUCGUGAUGAGAACAGUUAGAAACACUGUUGACACUGGAAGAACAGUCGUGUGCACCAUACAUCAGCCUAGCAUCGACAUCUUUGAAGCUUUUGACGAGCUAUUUCUACUGAAACGAGGAGGAGAAGAGAUAUACGCCGGCCCAUUGGGACGUCAUUCCACCCAACUCAUCAAGUACUUUGAGGGUAUUCCAGGAGUGAGCAAAAUCAAAGACGGCUAUAAUCCGGCAACUUGGAUGCUGGAAGUUACUGCUUCAGCACAGGAAAUGGCCUUAGGAAUCGAUUUCGCUCAGGUGUAUAAAAAUUCAGAGUUAUACAGGAGAAACAAAGCUCUCAUCAGUGAGCUGAGUACCCCAAGGCCGGGGAUGAAAGAGCCAAAUUUCCCUACUCGGUACUCUCAACCUUUCCACAUCCAAUGCAUGGCUUGCCUAUGGAAACAGCACUGGUCGUAUUGGCGAAAUCCAUUGUACACAGCCAUUAGAUUUCUCUUCACAAUAUUCAUAGCAGUGAGCUUCGGCAGCAUGUUCUGGGACCUCGGCUCCAAGAGGAACAGUGUACAAGAUAUAUUCAACUGUAUCGGUUCUAUGUAUGCGUCUGUCCUCUUCUUAGGCAUCCAGAAUUACGUCUCCGUGCAGCCAGUAGUUGCAGUUGAGAGAACGGUUUUUUGUUGCAAUUGAAUUUCCGUAUAUAUUUUCACAAGCAGCCGUCUAUGGCAGCAUCGUGUAUGUGAUGAUGGGAUUCGAAAGGACCGCAGCAAAAUUCUUCUGGUACAUAUAUUUCAUGUACUUGACACUAUCGUACUUCACCUUCUAUGGGAUGAUGACAGUGAGUGUAGCUCCAAAUCACCAUAUCUCCACCAUAAUUGGAGCUGGCUUUAUCUCGACGUGGAACCUCUUCUCAGGAUUCAUAGUUCCGCGCCCUAAAAUACCUGUAUGGUGGAGAUGGUACUACUGGGCUUGCCCCGUCGCUUGGACGUUAUACGGUUUGGCCACGUCUCAACUUGGAGACGUCGAAGAGUAUAUAAGCCCGGAGUAUACGGUGAAGGAGUUCUUGCACAGUUACAUGGGAUUCAGACACGACUUUCUUGGAGUUGUUGCAGGCAUGCACGUUGUGUUCGUAGUUGUUUUUAUUUUCACAUUCGGCUUUGCCAUUAGGGUGUUCAAUUUCGAAAGACGAUGAUGACACGCUCCGACAGCUCUGCUACUUCCAUGAGAAAUAUUGUAGUUGAAGCUCAUGUUGUAUUUCAUUGUUCUUACCGUAGAUGGAAUGCUUCAAAUUUGAGCAUCAUUUUAAAUGGACAACAAACUUUGAGAGUCA